AUGUCGUCUUCGCUCGGCCAUCGAAAAUCCUCAUCCACGUCUUCUGGCACUUCGCAUCCCCUACAGAAAGGUAGUGCAUGCUUGAAUUGCCGACGCAGGAAAGUGAAAUGCGACGGUGUAAAGCCCAUAUGUGGGACCUGCGCGUCUGUACCUGCCUUACGGGACUGCGAAUAUAGCGACUCUGGAACUACGCGAACGCAGCUUCUCGAAGAACAAAUUGCCAUUUUUGAAUCUCGAAUUCGCGAGCUUGAAGCCUUACCCGCAAAUUCUAAUGCAGCGGUCAGACUUACUCAGCCAUAUUCAGUGGCUGGAAACUUGCAGAGUUCUCAGCAUCAAGCCUCAAGCUCUGCGUCGAGCUUUUCGCCCAAUCCUGCGUCUCCUCACUUGCUGUCCGUACCGGAGAAGCUCCCGGUACAACUCCACCAAGCGAUAAUCGGUUCUUUUUUGCGAUGUUGCACCGAGAUUGGAUUUUUUCUCAACGUAGGACGCUUUACCAACACGGUUAUGAAUGUUGACGAUUUUGGAUGGGAACCACCUUCUAUUGCAUUGCUCCAGGCAGUCUAUCUGUGGGGCGUCCAUCUAUCCACUUCCCCAGAACUAUUGACUCUUGAGCCCUACUUUUUGUCUACCGCAGUGCAGCAGACUUCCGCAGCUCUGUCAAGUACUCAUACACACAAGAUCAUCCAUCGUACUCAAGCAGAAGUUCUUCUCGCGCAAUAUUUCUUCCGAAACGCAAGGAUGCUUGAAGGGAAGUACCAUACUAGUGCCGCUGUUUCCCUCCUCCUCGGUGCAAGAUUCCACAAAAUUCGCUCGAUUGAAGGAGGCGGGGUCGUGGGUCUCCCCGAUCCUAGUGAUCUUGUCGAGGAAGGAGAGAGAACUAACGGAUUCUGGACUGUUAUGAUACUCAAUAACUGCUGGACUCCCUUAGAGUCGAAUAUCAUAUACGAAACGAUUGAUACACCCUGGCCAUUGGAAAUGCAAUCAUAUUCGCAGAUUUAUCGUUCUCCCGAAUUCCGAACGAGUCAAACUGUCCAGAAGUUUUUGUCUCGUGCAGUUCCUGACGGCAGCGAUGGGGCUUCUAUGAUUGCGUUAUAUGCGAAAGCCAGUAUUCUAUUCGAAAGGUCGUCGACAAUCAGUCACCGGUUCCAGCCUAACAUGCCUCAGUCAUUAGCGCGACAAUUCUUUGACUCUUUUUCUGCUCAGGACGCUUUAGUCCAGCGAUUCUUGCAAGAUAUGCCGUCGAUACCCGCAAUGACAGCAGCCAUCUCGCAUGGGAUGGCUCUUAUGAUCUAUACUCUUGCGUAUUCCGCCGUGAUCCAGCUGCAUAGGCCGUUUAUUGCGAUUAACCCAGCAUCCAGGGGACGUAUCAUUUCUUCUGUUCGACCAAUCGUUCACAUUCUAGAUACCAUCAAUGUUGCAGAAGUUCUGUCGCUUAACGCAUUUCUGGCCGUUCUAUGGACUUAUGUAUGUCAGUUUCUUAUCCAAGAGAUAUCUGAUGCACGCGACGACAGCAUUAAUUCGUCAGGGGCGCCAAUGUCGCAGAACGAGGGAAAAUAUUCGAAUCACAGUUGGCCAUUGUCAGAGAACGUCAUGCCCAAGCGUUUAGUUAGACAAUUAGAUUUAACUUAG